AUGUAUCUGACGCAGCUGGUGUCCAAUAGCCAUGGUGAUAUAUAUGUCCCUGCUGGCCGUGCCAUCCGGCGCCUUGUGAGCUUGACCGACAGGGUUGAGGACCUUGUUGGAGAGCACGAUCGAAGGAGUGCUCUGUGUGAUGAAGAUGACCAACACACAGAAGAGGAGGAACAAAUCUAUCAGUCAUUUCAACAGCUACUUCGCUGGGUUCCAUGCGUCCGCAGCCUUGUCAACUCUCAAAGUGAUGGAUAUCAACUCAAUAUCGCUUAUCAAAAGCUCAAUAGAGGUGCUGAUUCAGCACGGGGUGAUGACACUAGUUCCUUGAAGAAAGCAGUGGCUUCAUGGCUUAACGAGAGCCUUCCUACCCCCAACCCACCCAUCCCCUUAGUCGACAAGUCUGGACGUGGGUUUUAUCAUGAUGUGACCGGGGAACUUUUAUGUCCCGUAGAUUUCCAUUGGGCUGAUCCAAAAAUGAAGAAAGGGAUACGAAACUACGAACCCGACUUUCAAGUUACCGCUCAUUCGUGGCCAGCAUUCUUGUAUUGCAACAGUAAAUAUGACCCUGACAACCCGAUGAAAGGGCUGUUCAAAGGUGUUUUGCUCGUCAGGACUUUCAAACAUAUCUUUACGUCCCCCAGCUCUGCUGGGGAGAUACAAUCUGACGAAGAAGAACUGGGCUAUCAGGAACCAUCACACAAGCAGUCUAGGACUUCAGGUGAACGGCGCACCCAGUCCAACAUCGCAACAAUAUUAGGAAUGUGCUCAUUACGAUUUGCCUUAUCAAGCUGUGGUGCCUGGCAUAUUGUUGAUGAUGAGUUUAAUCAUUGUCAAUUUUACAUCUACAUUGUCGACUACUUUGAGCAUCCACCUACAUCUGCCGCCAAAGCCUCUGUCGACACUCUUCUUGUUUGGUGGAACAGAAAGGUCUUUGGGGCUCGCAAUGUGUCUACUUACUUGCCUCAGAAUGUAGCACAGUACUCUGUUGCUAACACUUCUGCUACACGCCAUCAGUGA